AUGAGUGCUAAAAAUUAUAGAUUAAUUCAUAAUAAAACUUUACCAACCUUUUAAUUCCAAAAUGAGCCUUUGAAAGUCAAUGAUUAAUAUUAAGUCUAUAUGUCUGUACAGCCAAAUGCAGUAGAAUAAUUAAUCUAAAAAGAUUAAUCAAAACCUAAAACAUCUAUUUUGGAUAAAUUUAUGGACUCUGACAAAAACAGAAGCUAAACUGCUUCUAAUUAAGGACUUUUUCAAUAAAACACUUUAAAAAAUGAAAAACCUAAUUAAAUUGUCUAAUUUGCUGAUAAUGUUCAGACAUCUUAAUAAAUUAAUUAGAAUUAAAACAACAUAAAUCAUAAUAAUAAGAAAACUGUUACAUAAAAAAAUCUACAAUAAACAUUGUUAUUUGAUGAAAGAACAAAUUCUAUACCUAAGGCUGCUAUCUAAAAUCAUAUUAUUGAUGAUAUUGUAAAGAAUGGAGAUAUUAUUCUAAAGAAAAAGGGAUUGUUGAAUUAAGUUCAAAAUCUAAAAAGGUUAAAGUUGCUUAAAUAAUAUGAAUUUAAUCAGUAACUAUUUUAUAUAUUUUCAGUUAUUGCUUGCCAGGUAUUGGAAAAUCACCGUAUGUUUUCAAUGAUGCUCAUUCCAAAAGCACAAAUCCAGGAUACUCAAGAAAUAAAGAAGGUGGAAAAUUUUUCACAAGAUGA